AUGACGAGAAAUUCAAAUACAAGAGAAGGAAAAACUGUUAUGGUUCCAAAAACUGAGGAUUUGGAUCAUGAGUUGCCACCUUAUACUACAUUUUUAGGGGAUGUUGGGGAUGACAAUGGGGCAAGCUCAUCUGGGGGAAAACUACGAGCGUUCUUUAUUGGAAUGGGAUUCCUACCAUACCAUGUUGAUAAAGUGAUUGAGGAGAAUGGCGAAGAAAAUUCUGAAACAUUAUUAGAGGCACUCUUGAGAUUUUCUGCUCAUAAAACCAAUUGUGACUCAUCUGAUAAUUUGGGCAGCUUUCGCAAUACAAGCAGGGGUAGAAGUGCCCCAAAUACCUAUCCUGAUGGUCACACAAAAGAGGCUAUGCGAAAAUCAAAUUCACUGUCUUCUGAUUCUCUGGAUAGCUUAUUUGAUGAUGAGGAUCCUCCAGAGAUUUCCAAUGUCAACCAAGCAAAAGAGGAUUCUGAUAACAGUGGGUUGGCACCUGUUUGUUGCAUACCAUGUCCAUUAUCUGAAGCUAUGGUCACUAGUUCCCUUUUACUAAGGGCAGGUGAUGCAUUUACUUUUUCUAUCCAGGAUGAAAUUAAAUAUGAGCCCGAUGAAGUUAGUGGAGUCAUUGAUGAUAAAAGAGGUUCCUUAUUGAUGAUGAACUUCUCUAUGGAGGAAGUUGAAUAUGCAAUCCACAAGCUUGGUAUGAAAAUGUACAUAUUCAGCAGCACUGUUACUUUGUGGGAUCAGACUUCAAAUAGAUUUGUUUGCUUGAGGGCAAAGGCUAGCAUGGGUCACCUUCAUAGUUGCUCCUCCCUUGUUGAUAUGAGUCCAUUACCAUGUAAAGAUGUUCAAGUAGUUGUUGCGUUGUUAUCAUGUGAUCACAAUAGUGAAACAAUGGCCCCUUCAAAUCUGAGUUUGGUGGUGGUUGGAGAACUUGCUUUUCUUGGUACAGAGAGUAUGGUGGUGAGGAAAGUGGGUAAUGGAGCAUCAAUUCCUGAUCUGGUUGACUUCAUCUUCGCAUUGCAGAUUGCUAAAAAAUUGAAAAAGGAACCAGAAGAUAUCUCCUAUUAUGAAAGAGUAAAUGAGGUCAGCAAUGAAAAACUCUUCGGAAUUAUGGCAAAAACACUUCAAUUGUUUGAAAUGGGCUUCUCGGAGAAUGAAGUAUCAUCAGCAAUUGAUAAAUUAGGUUCUGAGGUUCCAAUUUCUGAGCUUGCAAACUUCAUUUUUGCUGAACAAAAUGGUAUCGAUUAUGUGAUGGAAUAUAAGUUUCCCACCACUCCUGCUUAUUCUGUGGGGAUCAAAGAUGAACCAGAUAUAGAUUUAUGUGGUACAGCAGAAGUGAAAGCUGAGAACUUUAGCCAUGGACCUCCACAAUCAAGCCACGUCAUUGUAGAGGAAAUUUACAACGAUAAUAGGGUGAAGGAGGAAGAAGAAAUUGAUGAAUUUCCCAGCAAUGUUUCUGACCAAUAUUUGCAUUUGAAUUUGAACUUUGUGGAGAAUGAUAGAGGUAAAAGGCCCAAGUAUGAACAUGAUGAUUCGAUCUCUUGUCUUGAUCCUUGUUUGGUGGAAGAGAGGGUUGACAGCAUUGUUGCUGAACUGUCAAAACGUCCCAAACUAAAUCCAUCCAGGUGCCUUAGUAACGUGGCAGCCAAGCCACCAUUCUUCUUAUUUGGGAAUGUUUCAAAUAUAUCCUACGACUCAUGGGGAAAGAUGUCUCAGUUUUUAUAUGGUAUUGAACCUGAAUUUGUGAAUUCCCAAUCCUUUUCCGCUCUAGACAGAAUAGAAGGUUAUAUACACAAUCUCCCAGUUGAAAACAGGUUCCUCAUCCUUCCAAAGCCACCUAUGACUAUAGAAGAAGUAAUUCCGCGGACAAAGAAAUGGUGGCCACCUUGGGAUUCAAGGAAGCAAUUGAGCAGCAUUUAUUGUGAAACCAGUGGAGUAGCUCAAACUUGUGAUAGACUUGGGAAGAUUCUAGCUGAUGCAGGUGGAGUGCUUACAUCUAAACUGCAGGAAGACAUUAUUCGAUAUUGUCGUGGGUUAAAUCUUGUGUGGAUUGGCAAAUUCAAACUGGGUCCUGUAGAGCCUGAACAGUUGGAACUCAUUUUAGGCUACCCUAUUAAUCACACUCGUGCUGCUGGGGACAAUUUGGCCGAAAGGCUUAGAUCACUGAAAUACUGCUUCCAGACAGACACAUUGGGGUAUCACCUUUCUGUGUUAAAGCCCAUCUUCCCUCGUGGAUUGACAAUGUUGUCACUUUUUAGUGGUAUUGGUGGGGCAGAAAUUGCCCUACACCGGCUUGAUAUUAAAAUAAAAGCUGUUGUCUCAGUUGAGACUUCUGCGCCAAAUAGAAAGAUUCUUGAGAGGUGGUGGCGUCAAUCUGGGCAAACUGGGACUUUGGUUCAGAUUGAAGACGUUCAAAAACUGACUAGUAAAAAACUUGAGGGUCUAAUCAGUAAAUUUGGAUGUUUUGACCUGGUCAUCUAUCAGAACCCAUGCUCUUACUCAAGUUCCGGGCUACAAGCAGGUGUAGGUCUUUCAGCUCUUGAUUUUUCAGUGUUUUGUGAAUGUGUUCGUGUCUUGCAACGUGUAAGAGAUAUAUUGAAGGUUUUGCAUUUGCUUCGAAGAUAUUUGGGCGAAUAUGUUCACGGACUCUCUUCGGAGGCGUUGAGAAUAAGUGUCUGGAAGGGCGAUGUUGUCCUGAAAGAUUUGAAACUGAAGGCAGAGGCACUAAAUGCACUAAAACUGCCGGUUACUGUCAAAUCUGGCUUUGUUGGUACAAUUACAUUGAAGUUUCUUACUGCUGUCACUAUGACUGCAAUUACAGUUAGUUCAGUCAUAUAUGAGAGCAUUGUGUACUCUGUUGUUCCCUGGAAAAGUUUGGGGAAAGAACCUGUGAUUGUUUUGAUCGAUCGUGUGUUUGUUCUAGUUCAUCCUGUUGCUGAUAGUCGGUCUAUGAAGGAGGAGGAUCGGGAAAACCUUUUCGAAGCCAAGCUUCAGCAGAUUGAGGAAGCAGAGUCAGCUACACUUGAUGCAAUAUCUAAGUCCAAGUUGGGAAGUACAUCUUCUGGAAAUUCAUGGCUGAGUUCUCUGAUUUCUACAAUUAUUGGAAACCUCAAGAUAUCAAUCAGCAAUGUGCAUAUCAGAUAUGAAGAUUCAGUCAGUAAUCCAGGCCAUCCAUUUUCUUCAGGUUUGACUUUGGCUAAGGUUGCUGCUGUUACAAUGGAUGAGCAGGGGAAUGAAACUUUUGAUACAAGUGGUGCUUUGGAUAGGUUGAGGAAGUCAGUGCAACUGGAGAGACUAGCUCUUUAUCACGAUUCUGACCAGCUUCCUUGGGAGAUUGAUAAGAGAUGGGAAGAUAUCAAUCCACAAGAAUGGAUUGAGAUAUUUGAAGAUGGCAUAAGUGAGCCUACUGAUGAUCCUAAGUUUGUAUCUAAGUGGGCUAUGAAUCGUGCAUACUUGGUUUAUCCUAUGAAUGCAGUUCUAAAGUAUCAUCGACUUGGAAACCAAGAGAGAGUUAAUCCAGAAAUUCCAUUUGAGAAAAUUACGCUUGUCCUUACAGAUAUAUCACUUACUCUUACAGAGGCUCAGUAUCAUGAUUGGAUUAAACUUUUGGAAGCCAUUUCACGGUACAAGAUAUAUAUGGGAGUUUCUCAUUUACGACCUGUAGUUCCCAUCUCCCAGGCUCCUUGUCUGUGGUGGCAGUUUGCUGCACAAGCUUCACUCCAGCAACAGCAGAAGUGUUACCGCUUAUCAUGGGACCAAAUUAGGCAUCUUUGUCAGUGUCGACGGAGGUAUAUUCAGUUGUAUGUGGCUUUUCUUCAACAAUCAUCAAAUGUCAAUUGCACAGAAAUCAGAGAAAUAGAGAAAGAUCUCGAUUCAAAAGUGAUUCUUCUAUGGAGGCUACUAGCCCAUGCCAAGGUUGAAUCUGUGAAAUCAAAGGUAGCAGCUGAAGAAAGAAAGAUGAGGAAAAAUAGCUGGUUUUCAUUUAAAUGGCGUGACACUGAAGAAUCCCCUUUGGAUGACGCUUCUGAAGAGCAAGAGCUUAAAGAAGAAUGGCAAGCUAUCAACAAGUUACUAAGUUACCAGCCUGAGGAGGAGUUGAUGUUACGAACUUCAAAAGAUACGCAGAAUAUGGUUCAGUUUCUGGUAACGGUUUCUGUUGGUCAGGCUGCUGCCAGGAUUAUCAGUGUGAAUCAGAAGGAAAUUGUAUGUGGUCGAUUUGAGCAACUUCAAGUGUCAACAAAGUUAAGGCAUCGCAGUGUUUACUGUGAUGUGUUACUAAAAUUUUAUGGUUUAUCUGCUCCUGAAGGUUCACUUACACAGAGUGUCUACAGUGAGCAAAAGGUGAAUGCAUUAGUGGCUAAUUUUGUGCACUUACCAAUUGGGGAGAAUAUUGACUGGAGAUUGUCAGCUACAAUUGCUCCCUGCCAUGUUACGGUUUUGAUGGAAAGCAUUGAUCGUGUCAUGGAGUUUGUAAAACGAAGUAAAGCUGUCAGUCCUACUGUUGCACUGGAGACAGCUACAGCCUUGCAGUAUUCCUUCCUCCUCCUAGGAUAUGAUUCUAGUCAUGCAGUUCGCUCUCGAUGGCUCUCGCCAAGGUCAUUAAGUGAGAAUGAGACAUCGGCCCCUAAUCCUUGCUUGGUUCUCCUCCGCCUUGGAUUGCAUUGCAACGAGAGUGGAUUGCAGAUUUGCGACCUAGUUCUCCAGAGCUGCUACUGUGGCCUCCAUCUUCUUUGGUGGCAUCCAACUGAACCCUUAUUCCUUUUACGCUGA